AUGACCACCGCAGGCACGUCGUCCAGCGCCUCGCUCCCGCUGCUCCAGCGUCCCAUCAUCGACCCGUCUUGGACGCGCGUCCCCAACGACCAGUUCCAUCCAAACAAGCCUUGCACCCCGGCCCAAGCUCCACACGACGCCACCGCCGCCGCCGACGACGACGACCAGGACAGCGAUGCGUCCUCGCAGUGGUCAUUUACAGAAGAGACGGAGCUCGUCACCCUCGAUCUUGGAACCGAAAGGACCGCCAAAAAGGCCCUCCUCGGUUUCGCCAGUGGGGCCGCGACCGCCGAUGCAAAGAGCCCUGGCACCGGCGGCGGCGGCCCUGCUGCGCGUCCCUCGAAACAAGCCUCAGCCCCAAUGAGCACCUCAGGAGCUGCGGCCGCAGCGAAGCAGGGGUCGGCACCACAAGGCUCGGCAUCGGCCCCGCCGACCAAGGCGCCGCCCGCACCACCGACGACCGCACGUCAGAAGGGCGUGCUGGGCGCAGGCAGGAUGUUUUCCAUCACCGGCCUCGACACGGCGUCGCCCUUGCUCAAAGUCGGCAACACCAUCCUGCGCGGCCAGCGCGCCCACCUGAUCGGAACAGAGAUUGUGCUCAGGGACGAGUACGACGCCAGCAGGCCCGACGGCCAGCGGCAUGCCCUGCGACCCCUCCGCCCGACCGAAAUCAGCUCCGCCUCGUCCUCGUCCUCGUCCCCGGUCCUCGGCAUGCACACCGACCCGUCGGCCUCUGACCUUCAGUCGCAUCAGCGCCGGGGCCGACACCCAACGACCAGGUCGUCGACGAGCUCGGCACGCCUCCACUUUGCGCCCAUCUACGACCCGACCGACAACGAGCGGCUGCCGCUCGACGUGCGCCGAGGCGGACUGCCAGGCGAUCUCGCCUCCCUGGCCAGACCCACGGCCACAGCGCGAGCCGCGGCAGAAGGGAGCAGGACGGCGACGCGGGACAAGGGCAAGAGCAAGGGACGGCGCAAGGACCAGGGCAAGGGCAAGGAGAGGGCCACCGCAUCGCAGGCCGGCAGCUCGGGCGAUGAAGACGUCCCUCUGGCACAGCACGCUCAAGCCAGGACAGAGGUGACAGUGCCAGCCUCCAGGCGACGCCGAGGACCGCGCCCCGCUGCAGAACUGCCCGAGGGGGAGCUGCUGCUGCGACGGGCGGAGAAGUCCAUCCGAAAGGAGGUCAGAAGGCGACAGAAGACGGCCAAUCAGGCGCAGGAGAGGGAGCAGGGGCAGCAGAACGACGGCCAGGAUCAAGACCAGCAGCAGGAUCAGGAGGUGCAGCAGACAGGGCCUUCAAGAGCGGAGGCUGGACAGUGGCCGGCAGGCGACGGUGCGACCGAAGCGGAGCGCGACGAGGCAGAUGCCAUGGACGAGGAAUGA